UUAAUAUGGUGGAAGAAUCGGCCUUAAAAUAUUGAGUCUGAUCCGCAUGGGUUAGGGUUUUAACGCAAUCCCUCGCCACCCUCAUUUACGAUAUCUCGUACCGAAGGCCUUCUUUUGAAGAGAAGUGGUUCAGCAUAACAGACAGUGAGAUGGGAACAAAGGUAAAGAAAGCUAUGAAGAAGAAUAUGAAAAAGGCUUCCUCUAACAACCCAUCUCAGGGUGCUGAUUUUUUGCCCUUGGAAGGUGGUCCUGGUCGCAAGCUCGCCGAACAGAAGCCGCCGGAGAAUACCUCCACGGUACUGUACGUGUCCAGGAUUCCGCAUGGAUUCUAUGAGAAGGAGAUGGAAGGUUAUUUUGGUCAAUUUGGAACCGUCAAGAGGUUGAGAAUCGCGAGAAAUAAAAAGACAGGAAAAUCAAGACAUUUUGGGUACAUAGAAUUUGAAUCUCCUGAGGUAGCGAAAAUUGUAGCUGAUACUAUGCACAAUUAUCUCCUUUUCGAGCACCUUCUCCAAGUUCAUGUUGUACCUCCGGAGCAUGUUCAUUCAAGAUUAUGGAAAGGAUUCAGUUAUCGUCACAAGCCAGUGGAUUAUGUCCGAAUUGAACGGAAGCGUCAUGACAAGGAAAGAACCUUAGAAGAGCACAAAAAGUUGGUGGAUAGGAUUGUAAGACAUGACCAAAAACGACGGAAAAGGAUAGAGGCUGCUGGCAUUGAUUACGAAUGCCCUGAGAUUAUUGGUAACCUCCAGCCUGCUCCAAAGAAAAUAAAAUUUGAUGACUGAGUUGGUAACUUGAGAAUAGACAGCUGAACUACCAUGUCACAGGGUUCACAACACCGGAGUCUGCAGGUUUAGGAUUUUGUAGUAUUAAUAUUUUCACAGUUUUGGAACUUAGUUCUGAAACCUUUGUGUCCCUCAAAUGUGUUUACAGGAAGCAUGAUCCUUUUUAUAUAUUCAUAAACAUUCAUAAACAUUUUAAGCAGUUGAUCACCUUCAGGCU